AUGGUGGUCUUUUCUAAAUCCGCGGCACUGGCUGCACUUGCCUUCCUGGCUGCAGCGGGAGAUGCUCACAUGAUUAUGAAGACUCCUGUCCCAUACGGCAAAUCAACCCUCAACAACUCACCACUCGUUGCCGACGGAUCUGAUUUCCCCUGCAAGCAGCGUUCUGGUGUCUAUGAUGCUGAGGGAGCUAGCAAUGUCGCAGCUAUCGGUGUACCACAGACUCUGAGCUUCAUCGGCAGCGCUACUCAUGGUGGCGGAUCCUGUCAAGUCAGCCUUACAACCGAUCUCCAGCCUUCGAAGAACUCCAAGUGGAUGGUCAUCAAGUCUAUUGAAGGCGGCUGCCCAGCUUCGGCGCCUGGCAAUAUUGGAGACGAUCCUAAUGGCUCUGGCGCUUCGACAUUCCAGUUCACGGUUCCUGAAGGCAUCACUCCUGGCGAGUACACCAUGGCGUGGACUUGGUUCAACAAGGUCGGGAAUCGCGAAAUGUACAUGAACUGCGCCCCCUUCACUGUCACUGCUGCCAAGAAAAAGCGAUAUAUGCCAGCUCCAAAGGCUUCCAAGCGACAGACGUCAUUCCCGGACAUGUUUGUGGCCAAUUUGGCAGCCAUAAACACAUGCACCACCCCCGAGAGCUUCGACUAUGUCUUCCCCAAUCCAGGCGCUGAUGUCCAAUCUGCGGGUUCGGGGCCGUACACCACUCUGUCUUGCGGUUCCAAUGGUAAUAACACCCCUCAACAACCCACCGGAUCUAUUCCUGCCGCCUCUGGCACUGCCACUGCAGCUCCUACCAGCUAUGCUGCUGGUCCGCCAUCUUCUGCACCCGCAUUCGCUAGUGGCAAUGCUGGGCAAUAUACGGCGAGCCCUCCGGCCAGCGCGGUUCCUGGAAACUUUGCUAGUGGUGCAUCUUCGGUACCUACCUCCUCCGUCGUCCCGUCUUCAACUGUCACUGACCUUCCUCAGGUCGUCCCCACCACAAUCCCCGCAGGUGCCGCCUACAGCACCGCUCCUUCCAACACCGCUGCGGCAACUGCUCCCACAACGACUCCAACUGGCGGCUCUUCUGCAGCAUCGAACAGCUCUGCUGCCGGUGCGCUAACCGGUCCAUGCCCUAACGAAGGGUUCUGGAAUUGUAUCAACGGCAACAGCUUCCAGCGCUGCGCCUCCGGAAGCUGGAGCGCCGUCAUCCCCAUGAACGGCAUGAAGUGCUCCCCAGGAAUAUCCUCUGAUUUCUCCAUGACUGCAGCCAAUGCGAAGCGCUGGGAAGCCUGA